GGGUGCGCGAGCAGCUGCGGUUCCGGUUCCGACCCGGCUGGAAGAGGAGGAGCGGGAAACCGCGCUGGCAGAGCCCUGCCCCAGGGAAGCCAAGUUGAUGUUUGUCGAUGCAGCAGUGCCACCCCGCGUGGUGAUGACCUUCCAGCGCCUGGUGUGUGCACUGGCCUCCCGCCAGCUGGCUCCCAUAAGACUUGCAGGAAGCCGCCCUCUGCACGUAGCCCUUGCAGCUCGCUCUGACAAGAGCGCCCCAGUGUUCACCCGCGCCCUGGCCUUUGGAGACAGAGUUGCCCUCGUUGACCAGCAUGGCGUCCACACGUACAAGGACCUUUACUGCCGCAGCCUCCGCCUGUCCCAGGAGAUCUGCCGGCUCCUUGAGUGUGCCGGCCAGGACCUGCAGGAGGAGAGGAUCUCUUUUAUGUGCUCCAAUGACGUCUCCUACGUGGUUGCACAGUGGGCCUCAUGGAUGAGCGGCGGCAUCGCCGUCCCUCUCUUCAGGAAGCACCCCCAGGCCGACCUGGAGUACUUCAUCCAGGACUCCCAGAGCUCUGUGGUCCUUGCUGGCCAGGAGUACGUGGAGCUCCUGAGUCCAGUGGUCAGGAAGCUAGGGGUCCCACUCCUGCCUCUCCCGCCUGCAGUCUACAAUGGGGCAGCUGAGGAGCACGGGGUGGGGGAGUUGCCGGAACGAGACUGGAGAGACCGGGGUGCCAUGAUCAUCUAUACCAGCGGGACCACGGGGAGGCCCAAGGGUGUCCUGAGCACCCAUCACAACAUCAGGGCUGUGGUGACGGGGCUGGUCCACAAGUGGGCGUGGACUAAAGACGAUGUGAUCCUUCAUGUCCUCCCCCUGCAUCAUGUCCAUGGCGUGGUCAACAAGCUGCUCUGUCCACUCUGGGUGGGAGCCACCUGUGUGAUGCUCCCGGAGUUCAGUGCCCAGCUGGUUUGGGAAAAGUUCUUAAGUUCUGAAACUCCACGGAUUAAUGUGUUUAUGGCAGUGCCUACAAUAUACACCAAAUUGAUGGAUUAUUAUGACAAGCAUUUUACCCAACCGCAUGUCCAGGAUUUCGUGCGUGCCGUUUGUGAAGAAAAGAUCAGGUUGAUGGUUUCGGGAUCAGCUGCUCUGCCCCUGCCUGUACUAGAGAAGUGGAAGAACAUCACAGGCCACACUCUGCUGGAGAGGUAUGGGAUGACGGAGAUCGGCAUGGCCCUGUCCAACCCCCUGACCGUAGCAGCUCGCUUGCCAGGUUCUGUGGGGACCCCGCUGCCAGGCGUUGAGGUACGAAUUGUCUCAGAAAACCCACAGAAGGAGGGCUGCCCCUACAUCCUCCACGCGGAAGGAAACGAGAAGGACACCAGGGUGACCCCAGGAUUCAAGGAGAAGGAAGGGGAGCUCUUGGUCAGGGGACCCACUGUGUUCCGUGAAUACUGGGGCAAACCAGAAGAAACGAAGAAAGCGUUCACCUCAGAUGGCUGGUUUAAAACAGGCGACACAGCCAUGUUCAAGGACGGCAGCUACUGGAUCCGGGGACGCACAUCAGUGGACAUCAUCAAGACGGGUGGCUACAAGGUCAGCGCCCUGGAGGUGGAGCGGCUGCUGCUGGCGCACCCCAGCAUCAAGGAUGUGGCUGUGAUCGGUGUUCCGGACAUGACGUGGGGCCAGCGCGUUACUGCAGUGGUGACACUGGAAGAGGGACACUCACUGUCCCACAGGGAGCUCAAAGAGUGGGCCAGAGGCGUCCUGGCCCCGUAUGCUGUGCCCUCGGAGCUGCUGCUGGUGGAGGAGAUCCCAAGGAACCAGAUGGGGAAGAUCAACAAGAGGGACCUGGUCAGGCAGUUCUACCCGCACAGCCAGGGAGCGCCGGAGGCCAGGCACCCGUGAGCCAGCAGCUGCUCUACACCCAAACCCCCAAUUGGGUGGAACAGAGUCCGGCCUGAUGGAGUAAGAUCACAGCCAGAGGCCUCCUCUGUCCGUCCGUGUGGCCACAUCCACACCUUUGCCUGGUCAGGCCCCAGGAGGGUCCAGGUGUCACUCAGGGAUGCAGGUCUCCACAGGAAAUUCAGUAAAGCUUCUCAGAGAAAAACGCCUGUGCUGUGCUGUCUACCCGGGGCUGCGUGGGGGCUGUGCGGCAGGGACAGAGAAUGCACUUGUCUGCACACACGUGCACGCCACGCAGCCCAGUGUCCCCCCUUUGUCCAGGAUGCCCAGGCCGCGGCCUCAGGUGGCCUGGACCCCUGCAGAGCCUCCUGAUUGAACCCUGACUGCUCUGAGGAGCCCACCUGGAGGACAGGCCCAGGCAUCCAGGUGAGGGGGUUUGGGUGUGCCAUCAUCCCUUCUGCCCUCCCUGGGGUUUCCCAGUGUGUCUCUAGGACAGUCCACGUCACAAGAGUGGCUUCACUGAGCCCCAGGGAGUGGCAGAGGCUCAUGUAGGCCUUCAGGCCAAGCCGACCGCCAUAGGGACAAAGCUCAGGCAACCAGAGGGCCAGGGAAGCUGUGUCUGGACCCCCUGCUGAGCAGCUGGGUGCAAUCCCUCAACCCCCACAAAGGGCCCACAAACUUCUGGGCUGGCCAGGUGGCCUUAUUUCCGUCUCUGUGGCUACAUGGUCCCUGUGGAGCCGCUCACCUCCAUGGUUGUGGUGUAGGUCCCACUGUUCUGUGGAGUCCAAAUCCUCUCAGUAGCCAGAGGCUGACCGCCAGUGGCCCUGCAGCUGCUCCACCUUGACCCUUAACCCCCACCCCCUCCAUGCUGUCCCCACCACAUACCCCUGUACUCCCACAACCCCUCCUUUCAGUCUUUGUCUAAAUGCCCCCUCUCCUUCCCAGACCCUCCCCCCAGACAGGCCCUGUCCUCCACACUCCUGGCCACCGUUGCACAGACCUCAGCGUUCCCACUCCCCGCUCUUGGCCGUCUUGAUUCCGACGCACGGGUGCCCUUUGUACACUCUGAACAGAGAAUCCAGAGGCUUCUGGACAGUUUACCAGAGACCUGGGCAGCUCCUCUGCCCACAGCUGGUGGGAAGUGGCCCUCACAGCACAGCAGGAGUCUGGCCCUGACUUUUCCAGAACCUGUCUCCAAACUGUGUGUCUGAAAGAGCAGCAAAUCGUGGGAACUGGAGGAGCCACCCCAGCCUGUGCAGGGGCGCAGUGCCUUAUUGAGAGGCUGUAACUGGUGAGAGAGGCGGAGCUGGGACCACCCUCCCGCCCUCAGCACCGCCUGUGGCCUGUGACUCCCCAAGGCCUGACCCUGGGUGUGGGAUUUGCUCAAAGGAACAUCCAGCCCCAAGUUCCCUCCUGCCUGAGGUCUGGACAUGAACGCCAGUCACCCACCUACAUGCAGGCCCCUUUGCGGGGCUCAGCCGCUGUGCCCACAGCUGGCUCCUCUAGAGGGGAGCCCUCCACACCUCCGUGGACACCUGGCUUCCCCCUGUCCUGUGGUCACCCCUGUGGUAACGAGGGAAUCACAUAACCACAUGCUACUGAGAGAAGUCAGACUGGACACUGCAGGGUCUUCCCUAAUCCCAGUGAUUUGACACUAAUUCCUAAAAAUGGUUACAUAAUUACUUGCUUUAUGCUGUAAUCUAUGUCAGACACUUUCUGAAAAUGACAGUCACCUUUGGCAAACAGCAAGAGGACAGAGGAUGUUGAUUUGUCCUUGGAACAGGUCCCUGUAAGGCAGGGGUCCUCAAACUUUUUAAACAGGGGACCAGUUCACUGUCCCUCAGACCGUUGGAGGGCCGGACUAUAGUUUAAAAAAAAACUAUGAACAAAUUCCUAUGCACACUGCACAUAUCUUAUUUUGAAGUAAAAAAACAAAACGGGAACAAAUACAAUAUUUGUAUUUGCAUGUGGCCCGCGGGCCGUAGUUUGAGGACCCCUGCUCUAAGGACACAGAACGCUGGGCCCCACUCGUUAAGUCAACAUGAUGGAGGGUCACGAGGCUUCCAGGAAGUCCCCCUUGCUAAAUAUGCCCCCUACACACACCUGGGGCUGCCCCGCCCACCCCACACUCGCUCCCCCAGUGAAGCCAGCCGCAGGCACCCUGGGAGCUGAGCUGUGACGGCCUAAUUGACAGCCCAUCUGCCUUCAGCCUCCCUGGGCAGGCUGAGCUGGGGCUGAACUCACUGAAAGGCAGCCUGGAUGCCCAGGGUUCCUGGUGGGGCUGCUGCGCAGACAGGCCGCCGCCUCAGCAGCGGGAAGGCCAGCCUGUGCCUCCAGGAUCGCUCGGGAGGGAGCACGCCUGGCUCAGCGGGUCCCCGAGUCCCACCAUGUCCUUCCUGGACAUGGCUCAUUAGCAGCCACAGGGAAGCCCCGCUGCCUCCACGUCCACCCAGCGUCUGUGUUUGCAGACACGAGGCCAGCCAAGGUAAGAGCCCCCUGCGGAGAGACAGGCUUGAAACAGCCCCUCCCAGCACCCGGCCCGAGCCCUCUGCCUGCGUUUCCUGUUCUGUGAUCUGAGGCUGGUGCUUCCUCUGGGCUCCUCGGGUUCGAACCAAGGGCUGAGGGCUUCGCUUCCUCGGAGCUUGAGUCUGGGACUGGCGAUGGCACACGGCUCCAUCUAGGAGCUCCCCAGCCCUCCUGGCUCCCCAGAGGAGGCCAAGCAGGAAGUCGGGGCGGGGCAUGGAGCUCUAACAGCCGGGGGCCGCGCAGGCCAGGCCACCAGCACCCACUGCCCAGGCACCAGGCACUUCCGUGUCCACCAGUCUCAGCCACGGCUCAAGUCUUUGUCUAAUCGCCACGCUGGCCCUGCUGCCCCACCUGCGGCACGAGGUUCCCAGUGGUGAGGAACGCGCCAGGCCAGCAGCGUGCCACAGCCCCUGUGUUCACAUCCGGCCUCUGUCUCCCUCUGGGGAGGCAUGGGCCUCGCCCUGCCACCUUCACACGUGGGACUUAAAAAUGUUCUCCUGGCCCUGACUGGUUGGCCCCAUGGUUAGAUAGAGCAUCGGCCUGUGUACUCAAGGGUCCCAGGUUCGAUUCCAGUCAAGGGCAUGUAC